AUUGUUUGUAAUUGAUGUCUUAGUGUUGGAGUGUACCCCUGGCUGUCUUUACAUUUUUUUUUUAAAUGCAGGAAUUGCCGUAGAGCGCAGUGACAGAAUUGUGUCAAGGCACAGAUCUGGGGAAGCGUACCAAAAGAUUUCAGCAGCAUUGAAGAUCACUAAGAACACAGUUGCUUCCAUCAUUCUUCAAUGGAAGAAGAUUGGAACCACCAAGACUUUUCUUAGAGCUGGCCAUCUGGCCAAACUGAGCAAUCAGGGGAGAAGAGCCUUGGUCAGGGAGGUGACCAAGAACCACAAAGCCUCUUAGAUUUGUGAAAUCAUGAUGUGCAAUAUGCUGCCACCACCAUGCUUCCACGGGUGAUGAGAGGUUUUGGGUUUGCGCCAGACAUAGCGUUUUCCUUGAUGACUAAAAAGCUCAAUUGUAGUCUCAUCUGACCAGAGUACCUUCUUCCAUAUGUUUGGGGAGUCUCCCACAUGACUUUAGGCAAACACCAAACGUGUUUGCUUAUUUUUUCCGGCCACUCUUCCAUGAAGCCCAGCACUGUGGAGUGUACUGCUAUAGGGGGUCCUAUGGACAGAUACUCCAUUCUCCGCUGUGGAGCCUUGCAGCUCCUUCAGGGUUAUCUUUGAUCAAAUCAAAUCAAAUUUAUUUAUAUAGCCCUUCGUACAUCAGCUGAUAUCUCAAAGUGCUGUACAGAAACCCAGCCUAAAACCCCAAACAGCAAGCAAUGCAGGUGUAGAAGCACGGUGGCUAGGAAAAACUCCCUAGAAAGGCCAAGCAUUUUUUUAAACAAAACCACAGUCAACAACUCAAUCAACAACUUAUUCAAUUUAAACUCGUCUGUUCUGAUAGACAUACCGGCAUCUGAAGCUUCCUUCAAUUCAAUCACCAUAAUAACAUUUGACUCCUUGGAUAAUGUUUUACCUGCGAGAAACAGUAGCAGUCUGAACAACAGUGUCAACACCAUCAACGGAAAAGUGGUUCUGGUGAAGGUGAAUGGCACAAUCAAGAAUGUGACGUUCAGUUUUGGCGUACUGAACAAGACACUGGCCAAUCCUCAGUGUGUUUUCUGGAACUUCAACCUUUUUGACGGCCUUGGAGGAUGGGAUGAUAAAGGAUGUGAACUGCAGUCUGAAAAGAAUGGCACUGUCACCUGUCACUGUAAUCAUCUGACCUCCUUCUCCAUUUUGAUGUCGCCUUCCAUUCCAGCUGUGUUGCGUGUCGCUUUGGAAUUUAUCACUUACAUUGGAGUUGGCAUAUCAAUGGGUUGCUUGGUCGUGUGUCUCAUCAUUGAGAUGUUGGUAUGGAAUGCUGUGACUGGAAACAACACAUCUUACAUGCGUCAUGUCUCUAUAGUGAACAUCGCCGUUUCCCUUCUGAUUGCUGACAUUUGGUUCAUUAUUGGUGCAGCAAUUUCCGACAAUGAAAAAAAAGAUCUACCUGCGUGUUCCACAGCAACAUUUUUCAUCCACUUUUUCUACCUGGCUCUGUUUUUCUGGAUGUUGGUCUCAGGCCUUUUGCUGCUCUACCGGACUGUCAUGGUGUUCUCUCACACGUCUAAACCAGCAAUGCUGGCCAUCAGUUUUUCUUUGGGCUAUGGAGCUCCCCUCAUCAUUGCUGUCAUAACUAUCGCAGUGACAGCCCCAGGGAAACAAUACAUCAGAGAUAAUGAUGGGGUUUGCUGGCUCAACUGGACAGAGUCAAAGGCCCUUCUGGCUUUUGUGAUCCCUGCCCUGACCAUAGUGGUCAUCAACCUUUUGAUCCUGAUUGUGGUUCUGUUCAAAAUGCUGAGGAGAGGUGUGAGGGAUGUUACUCAGCCAGAUGAGAAAAAUGCUUUGGUGGUCAUCGCCAGGUGUCUGGCCAUUCUGACUCCCUUCUUUGGUACUACCUGGGGACUAGGAGUAGGAACCAUGACUACACCAAACAAUCUAGGAAUCCAUAUUGUGUUUGCAAUCUUCAAUUCAUUACAGGGUUUGUUCAUCUUGGUAUUUGGAACACUUUUGGACAAAAAGAUCCGGGAAGCUCUGACAGGAAGGUCACAAGUGUCCUCCAACCGCACAAGGUCCACAAGUGCUGCAACAUCAUCGUCAAGUGGUUUGGGAUUUUUCCGGAUACGGAGGAGAAAUGUUUUCAACGUUUCAGCAGCUCCAACAUCCAGCACUACUGGUGCAUCAUAGACUUUCAUCAACACUUAACUCAAUGCAACAAAUGUGAUUAUUAUGAAAUAAUCUGACAAUCAAAAGGUGUUGCCACACAUCAUCAGUUGACGCACUAGGUUACAGUAGCUAACACCUUGAGUGUGACCUUGAAGUGACUGCCACUAAGAUCUGACCCCAACUCUCAGUGACGUCAUUGGUGGUUAUGUCUAACACAAAGCGAUUCAUUAUGAACUAUAUGGUAUUUGAACUUUUUAUUGGGAUUGUUGAGUAUUGUAUUGAAAAACAUUAUUCUUGUUUUUUGGGUGUGGGGGUGUUUAAAUAAGAGUAUUACUGUUAAUGGAUUAAUCAGCUAACAUGAAGAAUGGAGAUUGUUUCAGAAAUAACACAUUACAUUCUCUCUUUGAAAAAUUCACUGUUCAUUUAGUCACAAUUUAUAUUAAGUUGAAUAAACAUGUAAAAGGUCUAAGACCAGUAGUGUC